GAGCGUCACAAAGACCCACAGCUCCGGUACCAGGCUACCGUGGAAGCCCUUCGGAUUAACUUUUCACUUGACUUCACUUCACUUCUCUUUAGAGAGACAGCUUUCUUCCUCUCGUGCGUCUCUCUACGGUCAGUCGGUGGAAUGGCAGAGAAGCGACGCUCUUCGUGCAAUCUGAGCGUCAAGGCGCACGCGUUCUCGGUGGAAGCUCUCAUCGGGGCAGAGAAGACACGGAAGCUCGGGGACGACGACACCGGGGUGUGCUGUCUUGAUGAGUGGACCGAGGUGUUGGAACUUCCCGCUAACGGAGGGGAGAGAGAGAAGAAGGUGUACGACCGCGCCAUCGACCGGGGCAGCGAGAUAGAGUGUGCUAGUGACGUCUCGCCGGAGAGUUGUGAAGUGGUGUUGGAGGCCCAGGCCCAGCGCACGCCGCCGGUAACAGUAACGGUUCCCGGAGAGGAGAUGAGCGUGGACUUGCAGGGCUCCGACCUGUGGAAACGGUUUCACGAGAUUGGCACGGAGAUGAUCAUCACGAAGGCCGGCAGGCGGAUGUUCCCCGCUAUGCGCGUGAAGAUCUCGGGUCUGGACCCCCACCAGCAGUAUUACAUCGCCAUGGACAUUAUCCCUAUGGACAACAAAAGAUACAGGUACGUGUACCACAGCUCCAAGUGGAUGGCUGCGGGUAACGCAGAUUCCCCGGUUCCACCACGUGUGUAUGUCCACCCGGACUCGCCGGCUUCGGGUGAGACUUGGAUGCGUCAGGUGAUCAGCUUCGACAAACUCAAACUGACCAAUAACGAGCUGGAUGACCAGGGGCAUAUCAUUCUCCACUCCAUGCAUAAGUACCAGCCACGUGUGCAUGUGAUUCAGAAGGAGCGUGGCGAGGAGCUGUCUCAUGUUAGAGCCGUUCCCCAGGGAGACGGAACCAGAACACUCAGCUUCCCAGAGACCGUCUUCACCACUGUCACCGCAUACCAGAACCAACAGAUCACCAAGCUGAAGAUUGACAGGAAUCCAUUUGCCAAAGGCUUCAGAGACUCCGGACGAAACCGGAUGGGCCUGGACGCUCUGGUAGAGUCAUAUGGGUUCUGGCGUCCUUCUCUCAGAAGCCUGAUGUUUGAAGACAUCCCUGGAAUGAAACAAGGAGUCCCGGGGUCGCAUGGAGUCCCAUCUCACCUGCUCUCCUCUUCUCCUUGCUCCUCCCCAUUCAAGGUGUGCCCUCAUUCUCCCCUGGACUACACCUGCAGCCGACCAACACACCCCCUCCAUCACUACGUCAACCCCGCUUCCCCCUUCCCCCUUCAUGUGGUGCGAAGACCGUCAGCUUAUGACCCUGAAGCAUUCUUCUCCAUGUCCCGACCCCCCUCUCAGAUUGGCAACCUGCAUCCUCCACCCCGCCAGGGCUACGGUAGUAUCUGCCUCCAUUCCCCCCACUACGGUCUCUACGGUUACUCCAACCCCCCCACUAACAUCGCAGCCAACCCAGACAAGAUGGCGGUUUCUUGUGCUGCUGUGGCCAAUCAGAACCCUUUCCUUGGCUCCUCCCCCAGUGGAACCCUGAUGGACAGUCUGUGCACGCUCAAUGGAGACCAGCAGGCCAACUUCCUUUUUGACUCUCGGACGCUGGGAUUGUCUGUGAGCCCGUCAGGGGGAGGGGCUUCACAGGUCACCGCCCACAUGACCUGAGACACGCUUCUAAACCCUGAUCCCCAAGGUUGCUAUGGCAACAGGCUGCUGCUCCGUGGAGAGGGUGUGGUGUGGAAUCACCAGCCAAUGAGGCUUGAUUAGACAUCUCACAGACCAAUGGGGAGAGAGAGAGAGCUGGUUUGUGUUAAAGAGAGAGAAAUAGAUCCACUGACUAAUGGGACAAUUUUAUUAGCUACCUGUUGUUGUUAUUGUUGUUUUUUCUAAGCAUCUUAUUAAAGGAAUAAAUGGACUGGGA